GAGAAUUACUUCAGCAUGCCCAUAAGGAGAAAACGUUCAUCACCUACAAUGGAAGAUUCUAGAACAAAGAAAGCAAGAGUUGCUAGCUGGGCAAGAAAGGAUGGAAGAUCAUGUGAUACAGACAGUGCUUUCAGUUCUAAGCGAUGUGUUGCUUGGUUUCACGAAUACACAGGUGCUGAUGAAGAUGUACUUGGACCGGAGGGAAUGGAGAAGUUCUGUGAAGACAUAGGAGUAGAACCAGAAAAUAUUGUGAUGCUGUCUUUAGCUUGGAAACUUGGUGCCAAAAACAUGGGAUUUUUUACAAAAGCUGAAUGGUUGAAAGGGAUGACAGAAAUACAGUGUGACUGCCAGAGUAAACUACAGAUGCAGCUAGAUUAUUUACGAUCAGUUUUGGAUGAUCAGACACAAUUUAAAGAAAUUUAUAGAUAUGCAUUUGAUUUUGCAAGGGACAAAGACCAGAGAAGUAUGGAUAUAGAUACAGCAAAGGCUAUGUUAGCCCUUGUCUUGGGGAAGCACUGGUCAUUGUUUGGUUCUUUUCAUCAGUUUCUAGAGCAAUCUAAAUACAAAGUGAUAAAUAAGGAUCAGUGGUGCAAUAUACUGGAGUUCAGUAGAACCAUCCUCCCAGAUCUGUCAAACUAUGAUGAGGAUGGAGCAUGGCCAGUGUUAUUGGACGAGUUUGUGGAAUGGUACAAGGAACAUAGAAGUAUGAACAGCUGAUUCUUUCACCAAUAGAAAUCAAGUAUCUUCCAUGAAGUGUGUUGUGAUUGGCUGCUUGACAAGGAUGUUUCUAUUAUGCAAAUGAAGUGUGAAGAGGAAAGAUUUUGGAACACUAAAGGGAGAGAAUUAUGUGUGUGCUGUUUGCCUU